ACAUGUUGAAAACAAGCAACAUAAUCUGUGAUUUCACCAUUUCUGUAAGAAAAUAGACAUUAAAUAAGCAUCAAUAUUUUAAAGGUGAAGCCGAGAAAUGUUCAUCGUAGUUAUAAUGAUUUUCUUUCUAUGAAAAAAUAAAUGUUAUAGGUCAGGAAAUCAGCAUUCGUAGAAUAACAAGCUGAUUAGACAACAAAAACAAAGAAAUGCAGAAAGUCAGUCCAUUUGAAAUCAGUUAAAAUGCCUUCAGAUGGAAACUGUUCGAUUAGAUCAGAGAACAGCCAAAAUGGUAAAAACACAGCCAGUGAUCAGUUCCUGGGUGAUCAACAAAGGCCCAAUUACCUGGAAACACAGACAGUCACAGAGCAAAUUUGGCAGAGUUAAAAGGCACCAAUGUGAAGCCAAGCUUUCAGCAGACAGUCACAACAAAGUCCCACUGCUGAAAAACGUAUGUGGUGAGGAGGUUACAAUGUUCCAAAGAACAUUUCCUAAAUGGAAGUGGCGCAACACUUUAGGGACUGAUGAAAGCAAAAUUGAUCUUUCUGCGUCAAGUAAGUUGGACCAAGGAUCCCCAAACACCUGAUUCAAGCCACAAUACACCUCAGAAUACUUCAGGAAAUCAUCCUCAAACAAAAAGGAAAUGCCCAUGAAAUAGGUGUUUUACCAAAAAAAUGACCACAAGCCCUCCAAAAAGCAAGGGACAUCUUGGUUUUAGCUUCAACAAGAUUAGCGUUGUGGAACAACCAGCCCAAUCCCUGGACCUUAAUCCUAAAGAGAAGCGAGCGUUGACACAAAAAAGCCUGUUUCAACACAAACAUCCUGGGCUGAAACACCUGUUUAUAGCUGCCAGAAGUUAGACGACUUCUGCAACAUUUUCCAAUUUAUACAACUAAGUUUAAGAAAAUAUAGACGUUCCUGUUUUCCUGUGCUAAAAAAUUUGAUAAACAUUUUGAUGCAUCUCCCCUGUUCAGUGGCAUGUUAAGGAGAAAAAGCAAUUUUGAGAUUUUCAAGAUCCAAUCACUGCUUAUCACUACUGCAUAUUAAAAAAUAUCAACAUACUGUUCAUUUAAUAUAAUGUAAUAAUCCCAAUCAGGGUUUCCCAGUUGUAAAUGUUUAAAAAUUAUUAUCCACUUACAAUAAAUUCUAGAAACACUCCAGAUAAAGCAGUUCCUUUUAAACACAUGUAGAAGAUUAACAGUUUAUUGCUUUAACUAUUCCAGCAUCUAGUUUUAGCUUUUUAAUCCAGAUCCAAGGUAUCAAGCAUAUGUCUGAUUUAGAAUCCGGGGAUUUAUUAGAGACUGGAGGCACGUGCAGAGGCAGCUCCCCUUCUUUGAGACGACUACUUUGCAUUAUCAGAUCAGACUCAAAGAAGAAGAGGAAGAGGAGGAGCGGACGGCAGAGGAGGCACAAAGGUCAGCAUCUUGCUCAGAGAAGUUAGGCGAUUACAGACGCAGGUGUGGGACAGACCGAGAUCAGACAUUUGGCCAUCGUUUAAACUAUAUUAGGAAAUUAAUGAUAGUACAUAAUUGUGAAGCUGCUCUUCACGAGGGUAACAUGACAAAGCAGGUGAGCGGUUCGCCUUUCCUGAAGCCCUUCUUCCUGAAGACACCCGUCAGAGUGGUCACCCCUCGGCAGCAGAGACGACACACGCUCCCCGCCAGCGAGUUCAGAAAUCUCACCCCACAGGAUGCAAUCAGCGUGUUCGAAAUAGAAAAAGAAGCAUUUGUGUCCGUCUCUGGCGAGUGCCCCCUUACGCUGGACGAGGUGCUUAAUUUUGUGGGUCAGUGCCCCGAGCUGUCUCUGGGUUGGUUUGAGGAGGGACAGUUGGUAGCCUUCAUCAUUGGCUCCGGCUGGCACAAGGAAAGGCUUUCACAGGAGGCCAUGACCCAACACGUUCCAGACACGCCUACAGUGCACAUCCACGUGCUGUCGGUGCACCGCCACUGUCGACAGCAAGGCAAGGGAUCCAUCCUGCUGUGGCGCUACCUGCAGUACCUGCGGUGCAUGCCGGGCCUCCGCAGAGCGUUGCUCAUCUGCGAGGACUUCCUGGUGCCCUUCUACCUAAAGGCCGGCUUCAAGGAGAAAGGGCCCUCAGAAAUCUCCGUGUCCAGCAUGCAGUUCCAGGAGAUGGAGUACAUGCUGAACGGGCAGGUGUACGCACGACGGAACAGCGGCUGCUAGUCGGCUGCUUUCACUGGACUCAAUGUAACUAACCCCGUGCACUAUUGGACUGGACUCCACACCUAACCCAACGAGAAAGGAUUGAGGUUUGCGUGGACAGAGUGGACUGACAGUGGAUUCAGACGGCAAAUUGUUGCUUUUUACCGACAAACAUGUUCUUCGUCAUGAGUAGCACAUCAGCUUUUAUCUCAAUUUAUCACACUGUAGUUUGUGGCGAGUGAGGAGGCCUUUGUUAGAAACACACCUAAAAACUGAUUAAAUUACAACACAAUCUUUAGCAACGUUGUGUUUCAUUGUUUGAUUUUAAUAAACUACACAACAUCCAGCAGGCGUUAAGAAAAAGUAGCACACAUUUUUUAUUAAUUAAGAGUCAUUUUUUGUCUUUUUUCUUUUUACCAUUUCAGUUACAUGAGGAUAGAUGGGCGGCUAAAACGCCGCCAUGUUCAAAACAAUAAUCACUUCUCGAGAAGCAAUAAACAAAAGGAAACAUUCGAGUGCUCAGCAUAAUGUAACAAAAAAUAUGGCAGUAGUUGGUACAUUUAUCAACAAGGCACCAAAGGUAUAUAUAUUUUUUGUCCCUGCUUCUGGUUCUGAGGUUGCCUGAAUAAUUGUGGCGAAUGUUGAAUAUGAUCCUUCAGCCUGUACCAGCGCCUUGGCUUCUCCAAUUACUUCCUCUCAGGUAAAGGGAAACCAGGUGCUUUGAUGGGUUUUUGAAGUGCCUUAGCUUUGUUUCACUGGACAAUAAAAGCACUGACAAUGAUUGUGAAUGGGAACGUAAAGGAAAUCCAUAUGAUGAAGAGUAUAGGUA